CCAGUGCGCGCGCCAGGCUGUAGCCCACCACGCCACUCUCCAUCCAUCUCCUCGUCGGGCCCAUUUUCUUCUUUUUCGGCUUCGCACACCGCUCCCUAGCGUCCCUGACCAUGAGCGCCAGCCGGCCUGUCGUCACUUUCGUGACGGGAAACGCGAAGAAGCUUGAGGAGGUGCGCGCGAUCCUCGGUGGCGACGCGCUCCCAGUCCGGAUCGUCAGCCAGAAGCUCGAUCUGCCGGAGCUGCAGGGCGAGCCGGAGGAGAUUUCCAGCGAGAAGUGCAGGCUCGCCGCGGAGCAGGUUGGCGGGCCCGUCUUUGUCGAGGACACGUCGCUCUGCUUCAACGCCCUCGGCGGGCUGCCCGGCCCCUACAUCAAGUGGUUUCUGGAGAAGACGGGGCACGAGGGUCUCAACAACCUGCUCGCAGCGUACCCGGACAAGAGUGCGUACGCACAGUGCAUAUUCGGCUUCUCCGCCGGUCCCGGCCAGACUCCCAUCACGUUUGAUGGGCGGACGCCGGGCCAGAUUGUGCCGGCGCGCGGUCCGACCGACUUUGGGUGGGAUCCGGUGUUCCAGCCGGAGGGCUAUAGCGAGACGUACGCGGAGAUGGACAAGGCGGAGAAGAACAAGAUCUCACAUCGCUACCGCGCGCUCGUCAAGCUGCAGGAGCACCUGGUCGCUCACGGGGCCGAGCUGCCGCCGCCCGCGAAGGCGGCGAGGUCUGAGUGACGUUGAGCGACCCGACGCUGCAGGGCGUGAGUGUCUGAAUCGCCUUAAAGUCAUACCAAAGAGCUUCU